AUGCUCCCUCCAGCAAGGGACACCAAGGACAAGCGACAAGCAGGUGGAGAUGGAGACGGGAGCCAGGCAGCAGCUCCAGAGCCUGAGCAGGAGUGCCAAGAGCACCAGGAGGCACUUGAUCUCUUCUGCCUGGAGGACCAAACCCCCAUUUGUGCCCUCUGCACCGAGUCUCAGGCUCACCGCACCCACACCCCAGUGCCGGUAGAGGAGGCCGCCGAGGAGUACAAGAGGAAGCUGGAGGCAACUGUAGAACUCCUGCAGCAGCAGAAGGUGGAAACACAGAGCCUGAAGUCCCAGGAGGAGGAGAAACUGGCUGAGUGGAAGAAUACAACUUCCAGAGAGAGAGAGAAGAUCGAGAAGGAGUUUGAAAAGCUGCACGACUUCUUGGACGAAGAGGAAGAGCAGCUCCAGAGGAAGCUGAAGCGAGAGGAGAAGAGAACAGCCACCAAGCUCCGCAACAACAUCACCCAGCUGGCCAAGCAGAGCCAAGCUCUGGGCAAGCUCAUAACCGAGAUCAAGGAGAGGUGCCAGCAGGCACCUUUGUGGCUGCUGAAGGACACAGAAAGCUUGCUGAGCAGGAGUGAAAACAUCAAGGCACAGAAGCAGGCAGUUGUCUCAGCUGAGCUGCAGGACAUGUACAACAUCCCCACCGUCAGAAUUUUUGAUUUUCUAAACCAAUUUAAAGUGCAAAUGACGUUGGACCCGAAAUCUGCUCACCCCAGCCUCCUCCUGUCUGAGGAUGGCCAGAGUGUGAGCCAUGGGGAAGCACGGCAGGAGCUGCCGGACUACCCGGAGAGAUUUGACCCUUAUGUCUUUGUGCUGGGAUCACUGAGAAUUACAGCAGGGAGGUGCUACUGGGAGGUGGAGGUGGGAGACAAGGCCGAGUGGGACAUUGGGGUGUGCAGGGAGGCUGUGAAGAGGAAGGGGAAAGGUCCCCUGUCCCCACAGGCUGGCUUCUGGAGGAUGUGGCUGAGGAAUGGUGACCAGUACAAGGUCCUCCUUUCUCAUCCUAUCACCCUUUCUGUCAAACAAAAGCCAAAGAGAGUGGGGAUCUACCUGGAUUACAAAGAUGGGGAAGUGUCCUUUUAUGACGUGACCCACCAGACCCACCUGUAUACUUACAGUGGGGCUUUCAGAGAUGCACUGCGACCCUUCUUCAGCCCUGGCUUGUCCCAGGGAGGGAGAAACGCAUCUCCCCUUCUGGUCUGCCCAUCCCCAGAUCAGAAUAAGGGAUAA